AAACCUCAACAUGUUUUAUUUCCUUAUGGAGAUGCGGAUAAUAUAAAGCAAUAUUUAUCAAAUUCAUUAAUUACCUUGUAUGAGUAUUUAGACAUUGUUAAUAUUUCAAUUAAUUCACAAUUCGUUAGAACAGUUAUGACGGAGGAUCUUGCCUCAGUUAUUGAACCAGUCAAUUUUGGAAAUGAUUCGUUAAUAGCAUCCGUGGGUGGAACUUUAAGUAUAUACAAUACGAAAACGUCAUUGACGAAGGCAACAAGUUCAUUAAAUCGACAAAAAUAUAUUUUUGGAGAAUUUAAUGUCGUAAAAUUAAUUAAUGAAUUAACCGAACAAGUAUAUGGAUGUAGAAUUGGUUUCUUUCAUGAAGAUAAGAGAAAUUCAAGUUAUACAAUUAGUUUAGUAUCACCAAAAGCAACAAUUUAUUUGAACAAGGAAGAUUUUAAAAUUGUUACAACUGAUAAUCAAACUAGGGUUAAAUUAACGGAGAUUUUGUUUGAGCAAUUAGUUGUGAUAUGA